GCUCUCCCGCCCGCCGCUCCGCGUGCGCAGAGGUCAUGCGUCGCGGGCCCGGCCUUGCGGCGCUUGAGCGCUCGGCGCACUCGACGCAGGCCUACGGCGCCCUCUCCUCCGACCUCUCCUCUGCCUCGCUCGCCGAGCUGCGCGCACAGCUGGCCUCCUUCUCCUCCGCGCUGCGCGACUUUGCCGCUUCGCAUCGCGCCGAGAUUCUCUCGAGCCACGAUGCCUCCUUUCGGCAGUCCUUCCAGCAGAUGUGUGCUGCGCUGGGCGUCGACCCGCUCGCCAGCACGUCGCGCGGCGGCGGCGGAGGAGUGUGGGAGGCCUUGGGGCUGGGCGAGUGGACGUAUGCGCUGGCGGUGCAGAUUGUCGAUGUGGCCGUGAGCACGCGGGCACUCAACGGCGGCCUCAUCGACAUUCACGAUCUCUGCGUCGCCGUCACGCGGCUGCGCACGGGCAAGACGCCCGCGACGCAGGCCGAGGCCGGCAUCUCGCCCGACGACGUGGCGCGCGCACUCAAGACGCUCAAGCCGCUCGGCGCUGGCUACGAACUCGUCGCGCUGGGCAAGCGCACCUUUGUGCGCACGCUCCCGGCUGCCCUAGAUGAGAGCGCAGGAGUGCUGCUGGCGCUCUUGGCGACGCCGCCGACACACAUCCCGCGCGACGCAGCCGGACUGCCGUACCUCGACAUGCACGCCCUCCUGCCCGCCGUACCGAGCAUGCUCAAAGGCGAAUGGACCUUCGAGCGUGCCGAACGCGCGCUCGACGAGGUCUGCAAUGCCCAGGGUCUCCUCUGGCUCGACGACGGCGCGCCGCAGCGACGCUACUACUCCCUCGCAGCCGUGCAUAUGGCGCUCGAAUGACACGAGACUGCCCUCGAGCUGCGAGUCCGGGGGAUGGGUAGAUGUGUUGCAGGAGUGGAGAGAAAGAGGACAGAUCAUGCGGUGGUCGUGCGUGUGUUGAGAGAGGGAGGAUGCUGUGGGGGAGACGGCAGACGGGAGGCGCGAGGAGGGUGGGAUGGACGAUGUGGCGACAGACUACAGCAUGGCGCGGCACAUCGGACACGUCGAUGAGCCCGAGGAGACGACCCACUUGACCAGGCAGCU